AUGUCGGCGGGCCUGGUGACCGACGAGGCCACCGUGGGGCGGCUCUACCGGAUCCGCUGCACGGUGAUGCAGAUGCUGCGUGACCGUGGCUACCUGGUGGUGGAGCACGAGCUCGCCACCAGCCGCCGCGACUUCCUCCGCAAGUUCGGCGAGUCCUUCCACCGCGAGGACCUCCAAAUCAACAAGUCCAAGAAGAACGACCCCUCCGACCAGAUAUAUGUUUUCUUCCCCAAUGAUGACAAGGUAGGGAUGAAGCACAUCAAGAAGUACGUUGAAAUGAUGACGCAUGAGAAUGUCUCCAGAGCUGUGGUGGUUCUUCAGCAGAACCUAACUCCAUUUGCAAAGUCGUUUCUCCUAGAAUUGGAGCCAAAGAUCCAUUUGGAAGUUUUCCAGGAGGCCGAGUUGCUUAUAAACAUCAAGGAGCAUGUUCUUGUUCCUGAGCAUCAGGUGCUCACAAAUGAGGAGAAAAAGACGCUAUUGGAGCGGUACACCUUAAAGGAAACUCAGCUUCCAAGAAUACAGAUUUCGGAUCCUAUUGCUAGGUACUAUGGCCUCAGACGAGGUCAGGUCGUGAAGAUCAUCAGACCCAGCGAGACAGCUGGCAGAUACGUUACAUACCGCUAUGUUGUAUGA